CAUUCUCUUUCUCACAAACAGCAUUUCUAUAAUUGUGUCUGAGUUUUAUCGACUUAUUUUACUCGUAAUAUGUCGUUAGAAGAUGUAUUCGGUAGUGAUAUAGAAGACAGUGAUAAUGAGGAGUAUAAAGAAGCAUCGAAGCAAGCAGAGAUCAACGAUUUGUUUGGUGAAUCGGAGAGCGAAGAGGAAGAAGAGAGGGUUGAUGACAAGCAAGAAAGCGACGCAGAAGAUAACGAGGAAAAUGUGACGGAAAACAGAGAGGAGGUAGAGAGCGAAGAAGAUAGAGAAAAGGAUAAUGAAGAAGAUGAUGAUGAAGAAGAAAGAACACCUGCAAAAGAUACUUUAACUCAUGCUGACUUGUUUGGAGAUGAUGAUGUUGAACUUUCCUCAGAUGAAGAGAAGGAAAAUCAAAGAGAAGAGUCAGUACCAGAGCAGAGAGAGCCAAGAAUCGAUGAAGGAGAGGAAGAGGAAGAAGAAGAAACAAGAAUUGAUGUAACAAUACCUUAUUGUCGUGUUCCACUUGGGUCUGAACUUUACUUCUCAAAACUGCCAAACUUCUUGAGUGUUGAGACAAAACCUUUUGAUUCUGCCUUGUAUGAAGACGACAUUGAAGAGGAUGAAAUACUUGAUGAAGAGGGAAGAGCUAGACUUAAACUCAAGGUAGAGAACACUGUCCGAUGGCGUUAUGGUAAAGACCAGGAAGGGAAUGAGAUCAAAGAAAGUAAUGCCAGGAUUGUACGAUGGUCUGAUGGGUCCAUGUCAUUACUUGUUGGUCAAGAAGUGUUUGAUAUCCAGAAAACUAAAAUCGAAGGCAACUUUAAUCACCUUUUUGUUCAGCAGGGAACAGGUUUGCAAGGGCAGGCAGUAUUCAAGGAGAAAAUAACAUUUAGACCUCAUUCUACAGCAAGUCAGACACACAGAAAAAUGACACUGUCAAUAGCCGACCGUGUGUCUAAGUCACAGAAGAUUCGCAUUCUUCCUGCAGCUGGAAUAGAUCCUGAAUCAAAGAGACAUGAACUUAUAAAGAAAGAGGAUGAGAAACUAAGAGCUCAGUUACGUCUUGACAACCAACGACGAAGAAUGAGAGAGCGCAGCCAGGCAAAGAGCCUUAGUACUACCUACCUCGAGGGGGAAGACGAUGAAGAAGAGUUAGAACAGAGUCUGUUGAAAAUCAAGAAAAAGUUCAAACAAGAUCUUGCCAAAGGUGCUUAUUCAUCGGAAGAGGAGGAGGAGGCGGAAGAAGAGGAAGAGGAAGACACUACCAAUUUGAGAGGAUUAGAGAGUGAAGAUGAAGAUGAAGGAGAAGAAAGGCUUAUGAAUGCUAAAAAGGGGAUUGACUCAGAAGAAAAUAUUGCAACAACACAGAGAAAACGUACUAGUAGUGAAGGAAGUAUAAGGAAAGAGAAAAAGAAGAUCAAAAAGAUUAUUGAAAGUAGUGAUGAAGAGAGUGAUCAUUGAACAGGCCAUGCUUCAAGUUGAAACAGCUUGGUGAUCAAGAUACUUAUAGGGAAGUAAUAUAGCAGAUAUCACAGUUACACUCUAUUGCCUUCAGUUUUUAGCCUGCGUAGGGGCGCUCCCCCUCCCUUUUCUUGUGCCCCGUCCCCAAAGCGUCACUACGCAGGCUAUUAAUUGUUUUGAGUAUAGGCAUUUGGGUCAAAGCAAUAAACGCAUAGAAAUUAACUGACCUAAAUGCAACUAUUGUUCGAAGUCAAUUCUAAUAUCUGCUCUAAAAGUAUCUAUCGACCCUGCAUGUGCAUUGUAAUAUUUUCUAUUCUUUAUAGUUAUUUAUGUUCAUGUAAUAUCAACUAAGAAAAGAUUCUGAAAUAAUAAUUAUUAUGGAAAAGAAAACAUCCUUACUCACCUCCAAGAAAAAUAUUUCACUUAUGUUCCAUGUUUCUGAGAUUCCCAGACAGAACCAUUAUCCAUCUUGAGGGGAUUCAUCACAAAUAUAGGUGUAAAUUGUGUUCACAUCUUGCUUUGCUUAUAGUGCACUUAUGUACAUUUAAAUGAUGGAUGUAAAUAAUAGGCUAUUUGAUAUAGUUACCAGAAUAAUAAAAUCGUUUUAUGUUUA